AUGGACUCUCAAGACUUUCCGCGAUUAAACUCAAAAUCGCCACAUGGCUCUUCAGGUUCACCUAGCUUUACGUCCACUAACCCCUUCCACCUUUUAGAAGCAGAAGACCUAGACCAUGACCGGAUAUCUUAUGCCGAAGCUGCUGGCUCACGGCCGGCACGCACCUCGCAGCAGGCUCCCACUCAUAACGGAAACAGAUAUCAUCACUCGACGCAAGGUUCACCAUACCACUCGAACACUAACCAAAAGAGUGCCAACAACCAGGGCUAUGAUAGAAGAGCUCACCAAGAAGCACUUUUCAACCCCCACGGGGCUUAUGGCUAUUCUAACGCAAGAGGAAAAGAAACCCUGGACGCCACUUCACAAUACAACCUAUUCGUCGAACAUGUUCAAUCCUCAGCCAGAGGAUUACUCCCACCGGACAAGGGCGUGCCACAUAGUAAGAUAAACUCCUGUCGUUUGAAAUCACCUCCUUGGUGGAACGAUGACUGUGAUACUGCAGUCAAAGAAAGGAGAAAGGCGCUCAAAAGGCUCGCCGAGUGCCCUGACAGAGCUCGUCUCGAUGAUUUUAAGUCUGCUAGGAGAAGGUGUUCAGAAUGCAUACAGGAGGCUAAACGAAUUGGUUGGAGGAAACUUGUUGGCAGUUUUAAUUGCAAAACUUCAACGCACCGCAUCUGGUCUCUUAUUAAAAGUUUCAGGCGUAACAAAAACCCUCCCUCGAACCAGGACAAUAAUCUUGACACGGUCUCACUGGCUGCCAUCGAAAAACUAUGUCCUCCCUUUUGUCCUUAUAACGACCACAAACAUAUUGAGGAUAUGAAACGUGAAGAUCUUCUUCAACAUAAUACACAACAAUGGUUGGAAGAACCCUUCUCAAGAGUCGAACUUACUAGGGCUAUCAAUGUGGCUAAAAAACGUUCCGCCCCAGGCUUGGAUCAAAUAAAUCAUUCCAUCAUCUCCAGUCUUCCCGAUGAGUAUAUUACCAGACUACUCGAAUUGUACAAUCAAAUACUAGCACAGGGAGUUAUACCGGACUCUUGGAAGGAUUCCCUAGUUGUUCUUAUUCCUAAAACCGAUGGGAAGUCUGUGCGCCCAAUUUCUCUUCUCUCAUGUUUUGCCAAAUUGAUGGAAUACAUGAUAUACUUUAGACUUAGAUGGUUUAUUGAAUCACGUCCUCUUCUCCCACAAACGCAGUCAGGCUUCCGACCAACCAGGUCCUGCAUAGAUAACCUCGUGACUCUCACCUCUAAUAUCAGAACAGGCUUUGUUAGGAGAUCUCCUACCGUAGCUGUAUUUCUCGAUAUUGCGGGAGCUUUUGACAAUGUUAUACCUCACAUUCUAAUUAGGGAUUUGUAUGAAAUUGGCAUUCCCGCCUCCAUUAGAAAAUUCGUUGAAAAUUUCAUCUCUAUGAGACGUCUGCAUUUCGUGGUAGACGGUUCUCUCUUAGGACCGUUUAAUUCUUAUAAGGGCACACCUCAGGGCUCCACACUCAGUCCUGCGCUUUUCAAUAUCUACCUUAAAGAUAUCAACGAUCACAUUCAUUCAGAUUCUC